AUGCUCUCGCCUUCUCCACACUCGCCUGGAGCAUUAUAUCGCUUCGAAUCCAUCGCAAUAUCGGUUCCUCCUCAGCUCUCUUUUCCCUUGGAUAUAUGCAGCUCCGGGGUCUUUAGGCUGUGCGCCAGUUUCGGUCGGGCUCAUGAUUCUCCACCGGGCGCGUUUUGUUUCGACCGGCUCAGUAUCAUUGCAUUACCGGACUACUGUAAGCUUCGGACGCAUGUACCUAGCUUCGCCUCUACCUCUACUCAACGCAAUGUGUGCAUGCACACUGACGUUGCUGCAUCCACUCCGGCGUCUUGGGUGCUAAUGAUGCCAAGAUAUCGUCAACAACGCACUCUCCCGGUCAAUGCUACGCCCGAGACUCGACCGGCGGCCCGGCUCGCUCCCAAGGGUGCUGUCAGUUCGAAAGCUGGCGCCACUAUUCCAUCCCCCCUUUUCCGUGAUCCAAUACGCCUCAGCGCCAGCCCUCCAACAUGGCUUCUCAUCGAGCCAAUCCGCUUACAGACCGAACGCCCUGCGAGACUCCCACCGCAUCCUCACGUACCACCUCUUACAGUAGAUGUCGAUGAUGCAUAUGCAUGUGCUACCAAUGGCGGUAAUAAUAGUUCAAACGAGUACUACAUGUCUUACGCCAGCACAGCAGAUGCAUAUGAUGCAGAAUGGAAUUUGCGGCGCAACAACAACAUCAAUCUUUCUCUGCUUCUCGACAUGCCAACCCCUGAAACGCCGAUGGUGUGGCUGCUAUACCGAACUAUGCGACAUCUCACCGUCGUCACCUACUUCCGCGGCAACUCAGCUGCAACUGGUUUAUCACGACACUUUGCGAGCACCACUUGUAUCUGUCUCGAUACUCCACAUGUUGCUUCCUACUGCUACCUCGGGCCACAUUCGCUGUUGGAUAGGUAGAUGGUACGAGGUGAUCACCGCCAGCCUCCUACAAUUCUCCUCUGCCGGGAAAAAUCAUGAUAACAAAACAUCCCACCACAUCCCACUCAACAAGCGCCCACCCUGCCGAAGCCCAUUUCCUAAAACGCUUUCCUGCAUGAAGGGCGGCAAAGGCUCUCUUGUCUUCCAUCUGCUGUCCAACCGCAUCUGCAUGCACGUGGAUCUAACACCGAAAAAAAAA